AUGUCGGCACGUGAUUAUAAACUCUCAGCCUCAAAUACGGUGAAGGGUCUGAGAGAUCGUCCUCCGUCGUCUUACUCUCUAAAGAUUGAGUCUUUUAACACGCUCUUUAAGUCAAAGAACAUUGAAAGAUAUGAGUCUCGUCCUUUCUCCGCCGCUGGAUACAACUGGACACUUGUUGUGUACCCGAACGAAAACAAAACGGAUAAAGAUUCAGGGUACCUUUCGCUUUGCGUAACCAUAGACAACUCAACUCUCUCUCCACAUCAAGAAGUUUACGUGGACCUAAGGUUUUACGUCUUUAACAGGAAAGAGAAGAAGUAUUUUACGAUACAAGAUGUGUUCUCCGUUGGAGGAAGAGACUGGAAUAUACAAGUGAAUCCAAGUGGUCGUGUCACCGGAGAGGGAAAAGCCUUGUCCAUAUAUCUUAUUCUCAACGCAAACGAGAAAUUCAGACCUUAUGAGAAGAUUUAUGUUCGGGCCAAACUUCGACUUCUUAACCAACGUAGCAGAUACAACAACAUCGAAAAGCAACUUGAUAAUUGGUUCAAUGGUCCGGGAUAUGGAGAUGGAUUUGGUUGGGGUUCUCAUGAGUUUAUCUCACUUUCUGAUCUCAAAGAUUCAUCAAAGGGUUUCCUUGUGAAUGAUACGUUGAUGGCUCAAGUCGAUAUUGAAGUCAUAUCUUCAACCAAGUACUUCCCGAAAUAG